CAUCUUGAGUUGAUAGGAUUCCUUGAAUUGGAAUGCAUCGGACCUAAAUUUUAUGGUGUUGAGAUUAAUGAUAAUGGAUCACACAGCAAUAAUGACAAUAUCCAAGUGUUCCCGUCAUUGAAAGAACUAGUAUUGGAGGAUAUGCAUAGCCUUAUUGAGUGGAAGGGAGAUGAAGUUAGAGUAAGAAUGUUUCCUGGGCUUGAGAAGUUGAGGAUUACAGAGUGUCCACUGUUAAAAAGUACUCCAACUCAAUUUGAAAUCCUGCGUGAAUUAAGAAUUGAAAGAGUUGACAGUGAAAUGCCAUUGUUGAACUUGUGCAGCAACUUAACAUCUCUUGUGGAUCUUGUUGUCAGUAACGUGAAAGAGCUCACGUGUCUUCCCGAUGAGAUGCUACGCAACAACGUUUCUCUUCAACACCUAUCGGUCUCAGAAUGUGGAGAGUUUCGUGAAUUGCCACAAAGCUUGUACAAUCUCCAUUCUCUUGAGAGGUUAGAGAUUACCAGCUGCACCAAUUUCAGUUGUUUUCCUAUUCCCAGUGGAGAGAAUUAUUUGACUUCCAUCCAAAGUCUUGAGUUAUGUUAUUGUGAUAUAUUGACCAGUUUACCAAGUGGAGUGCUAGAUCAUUGUCUGUCUUUGGUAUCUUUGAAUGUCUUCCAUUGUAACAACUUAGUUCCCUUCCCUUUACCCUCAGGGGACCUUCACCGCCUAGGGAUAUUGCGAAUUGGUCCUUUCUCAGAGAUGGUGAAUUUUGAGGCAUUCCAAUUAAUUUUUAAUGGCAUUCAACUGUUGUUGUCCCUUCGUAGGUUGUGUGUGUACGGACGUUUGCAGUGGAAUUCUCUGCCCAGUCAGCUUAUGCAACUCUCUCACCUAACACAUAUCUAUAUAUAUGAUUUCGGAAUUGAGGCUCUUCCUCAUAGUCUUGACAACCUCACUUCUCUUGAAACAUUACAACUAAUGAGGUGCAAAUGGCUACAACAUCUGGACUUCUCAGAUGCCAUACCCAAAUUACGGUAUUUGCGGAUGUAUGAUUGUCCAUUGUUAGAAGGCAUGUCGGAUGGGCUCGACAACCUUUUUUCUUUGGAACAAUUAAGUUUUUGGAACUGUGAAAAACUAGAUCAUCUGCCAUCCAGAGAUGCCAUGCGACGCCUCAUUAAAUUAUGGAACCUGCGAAUUUAUGGCUGCCCACAGUUAGAAGAAAGUUGCACCAAUCAGAGUAGUGCAAACUCCCAGUGGUCCAACAUUUCCCAUAUUCCAAAAAUUGAAGUAGGUGGAAGCAUAAUUCAGGACAGACGUUAGUACUUUCAGGGUCAUGCUAGAACGUUGUUGUGGUAAAUCAAGACAAAUCCCAUGAACUACAG